GGCAACGAUUCAUCAUCGGCGGAGUCGGCGAGCGAGGAAGGACGAGCAAACAAGUGAACGAGCGAGAGCGACGGAUCGAAAGGCUUAGCAGCGAACGACAGAGCGACGAAGCAGAAUGGAAGCUGAUGACGGCUGGACCAGGACGACCGACUUCCGGACGUACAACGCGUACGCGCGGCACGCAGCAUUGCAAACUACGAUUAUAGCAAGACAGCUGGAAGCCCAGAAGGCGACCAACGUCACCUACCAGAACCACCAUGUGUCUCGCCAUAAGAGAGGUCAGGUGCUGGGUCAGCGCGGCGGAUUCCGCGGAUGCUGCCUCUGGUUCACAGGUGCGUCCUCGGGACAGACAACCCGAAUAGCGUUUGCCGUCGAGGAGUACCUCGUCACGAAGGGCAUCCCCGCGUACGGCCUCGAUGGAGACAACGUACGACACGGCCUCAACAGCAACCUGGGCUUCUCGCCCGAGGCCAGGGAGGAGAACAUCCGGCGUGUCUCGGAGGUGGCGAAGCUGUUCGCAGAUGGAGGCAUCAUCGCCCUGUCGGCCUUCAUCAGUCCCUACGCGAAGGACAGAGAUAAUGCGCGUAAGACGUUCGACGAGGCGGGACUCACGUUCAAGGAGAUCUUCGUCGACACUUCGCUCGAAGUCUGUGAACAGCGCGACGUCAAGGGCCUCUACAAGAAGGCCAGGGCCGGCGAGAUCAAGGGUUUCACCGGUAUAGACCAGGUAUAUGAGGCGCCUGAACAAGCAGACCUUGUGCUGAAGGCAGGAGAACGCACCGUGGAAGAGUGCGUACAGGAAGUCAUAGAGAUGCUACAGGAUGAGGGCAUCGUUCCGAUCAACGCAGUGGAGAAGGUCAACGAACUGUUCGUUCCCGAGUCCAAGGUCGCGAGCAUUGUCAGCGAGGCGAAAUCCCUGCCGGUCCUCGAGAUCAACACGCUGGACCUGCAGUGGCUGCAGGUGCUGGCCGAGGGCUGGGCGACGCCCCUCCAAGGCUUCAUGAGAGAGCGAGAGUUCCUGCAGUGCCAGCACUUCGGAUGCCUGCUCGACGGUGGCGUGUCGAACCAGACGAUCCCGAUCGUGUUGCCCCUGACGACGGCGGACAAGCAGCGUCUGGCGGGCGCGCCGGCGUUUGCGCUGCACCACGGCGGGAAGCUGCGAGCGGUGAUGCGAAACCCGGAGUUCUACGAGCAUCGCAAGGAGGAGCGGUGCGGCCGUCAGUUCGGGCUCUGCAACCCGGGCCACCCCUACGUCAAGAUGAUCAUGGAGAGCGGUGAUUGGCUGGCGGGCGGCGACAUUGAGGUCGUGGAGCGAAUCAAGUGGAACGACGGCCUCGACAAAUACCGUCUCACGCCGAACGAACUGCGUGCGAAAUUCCGCGAGAUCAACGCGGACGCGGUGUUCGCGUUCCAGCUGCGUAACCCCGUGCACAACGGGCACGCCUUGCUGAUGACGGACACGCGGCGCCGCCUGCUGGAGCGUGGAUACAAGAACCCCGUGUUGCUGCUGCAUCCGCUCGGUGGCUGGACGAAGGACGAUGACGUGCCACUGGACGUGCGCAUGAAGCAGCACACGGCCGUCAUGGAGGAGGGCGUGCUCGACCCCAAGUCCACCGUAGUCGCCAUCUUCCCCUCGCCGAUGAUGUACGCCGGACCGACCGAGGUUCAGUGGCACGCCAAGGCACGGCAGGCGACCGGCGCACACUUCUACAUUGUGGGGCGCGAUCCGGCGGGCAUGGCGCACCCGGACACAAAGGAGGACCUCUACCACGCACAGCAUGGCAGGAAGGUGCUGACGAUGGCACCGGGCCUGACGCAGCUUGAGAUCGUGCCGUUCCGCGUCGCCGCCUACAACACGAAGAAGGGCAAAAUGGACUUCUACGACCCCGACCACAAGCCCGACUUUCUCUUCAUCUCGGGGACCAAGAUGCGCGGGAUGGCGCGCGACAGGAUCGAGCCACCGCCCGGCUUCAUGGCGCCCAAGGCGUGGAAGAUCAUGACCGAGUACUACCAAACUCUGCAGAAGAAGUAAAAACACCAAGAUGGGACCUAUGUGCGACGCGCCGGGUGACUGCGACACACUCAAACCCGAUCGGGUCAAGAUGGCCGCCGCAACCUUCGCGCGUCUGGCGCGGAGUCGAAAGACGCAGCUGCAUUGGACUUGUUUAAUGCGCACAUUGUGUUUUCCCGAAAGGGCCGAUCGCGCCCUUGGUGAGGUGGGUGGGUGGGGGGGCUAGGGCAUGCUUCAUAGGCUCAGAUUAUACGGCCGAGCUCCGUAGAGACCAAGCUUAUUUUUUAGGCACGUUUGCGUGUGCGCUCGUUUGUGUUUUUCGCUGCACUCUUCUCCCAAUACGCGGGAAAUGAGCAAAUCUAAAAGUUCGGUUUUGUUUCAGCUUGAUGCGAUGGCGAGGCACUGCGAUUGGUUACUAUGUAUCGUAUCGCGUAUGUCGUAGACGUAUUUAUAUUAUAUAUAUGUACGUGCGUGCGUGCGUGUGCACAGGUGCGUGCGUGUAAAUGUAUAUGUACAUAAUAUACAUGUUUUUGGCAGUAUGUGAUUGUAUAUAUACGUACACAUAUACGGACAUAAACAUGUGUAUAUGUAUAUCUACAUAAUAUACAUGUGUUUUGGCAGUAUGUGAUUGUAUAUAUACGUACACAUAUACGGACAUAAACAUGUGUAUAUGUAUAUAUCUACAUAAUAUACAUGUGUUUUGGCAGUAUGUGGUUGUACACAUAUACGGACAUAGACACGUUUCUAUGUACAUAUACAUUGCACGCAUAUGUUGGUUGUAUCUGCCUCGAGACGAACUCUCGUAUCUGCACCGUUUCUACUCGAGAGUGUGGCUGUGAUACGAUGAUUGGCUCAGGGUGGGUUACAUACUCGCGCCACUCUUUUAUAUAAACCUCCGACGACGAGUCGAUAAUGCAAUAAAGAUGAACUUGACCGAACAGAA